AUGGCGACCAAGAAGAUGAAUGUUUUGGUAUACUCUGGUAACGGCAGCACUACAGAAUCUGUCCGCCACUGCCUGUACACCUUGCGACGACUUCUAUCACCUUCCUACGCUGUGAUACCAGUCUCAGGUGACAUCAUCAUCAAAGAGCCCUGGUUCAGCAAAUGUGCUCUUCUUGUCUUUCCGGGCGGCGCAGAUCUCGGCUACUGUCGCACUCUCGACGGUGAGGGCAACCGACGUAUUAGCCGCUACGUGAACGCUGGUGGUUCGUACCUUGGCUUCUGUGCUGGCGGUUAUUUUGGAAGUGCACGAUGCGAGUUCGAAGUGGAUGACCCCAAGAUGGCGGUUGUUGGGGACAGGGAGCUAGGCUUCUUCACGGGGAUCUGUCGAGGACUAGCCUUCGAGGGAUUCAAGUAUGCGAGUGAGGCAGGUGCCAGAGCUGCAGAUAUCAAGAUUCAUAAGGAAGUCUUCGAUGACGUAAAAGAAGAUGUAGCAGAUACCUUUAAGAGUUACUACAACGGUGGUGGCGUGUUCGUCGACGCGAAGAAACUCGAAGACAGAGGUGUUCAGAUCCUAGCAACUUAUACGGAGGACCUGCACGUCGACUCAGGCGAGGGACAGGCGGCAGUGGUGUACCGGAAAGUUGGCGAAGGCCACGCUGUACUCACUGGUCCGCAUCCAGAGUUCGCUCCGCAAAAUCUGAGAAAGAUUCCUAGCCUUCCUUCUUACGCGUCAGUCAUCGAUAGCAUCACUGAAACUGAUGCCACUCGUCAAGCGUUCAUGCGCUUAAUUCUCCGGAAAUUGGGCCUGCAGGUGAAUGAGCAGGAACAAACAGUACCAUCCCUCUCCCACCUGCACCUCACGUCUCACAACUUAGCAGACGUCUCCGACCUCGUCGCGAGUUGGUCUGAAAUCGUCACUAUAGUCGAUGGCGAUGACUAUGUGAAAGGCGAGAACGAUGUCUUCCGCAUUGAGAGAGAAGGUAGUGCAUGGGGUGUGAAGGAAUUGAAGAGAGCCGUGAGCGCGGUUUCCAUAAAGCUGCCAACGCUAGCGGUGGCGACCGAAAAAGAUGGUGAGCAGAAAGAGAGAAGCGAAGGGGAAGAGACCGAUGGCAAGAUGAAGCCCAAGACGAAGGUGGACGAGAUACAGGAGUGUAUUGAGUACACUACAGCUGCAUCAUCAUUAUCUGAUCAAAUUCUGGACUACGACAAGAUGAUCAAGACCAUCAUUCCACACGAAAAGGAACUGCCAUCUACGAAAGAGACUCCCUUCCACCACGAAGCAUUCUACGCCAAUUUACGAUUCUACCACACCAAGCUAAGAAACCCCGCCGCUUCGUUUGGCAAACAUCUCAUGUAUGGCGAAGUUGUUACGUCUACCAGCACUCUCCUCGAGAAGAACCCGUCCUUGCUCCGGAAUCUGCCUAGCGGGUUCACCUUGGCCGCAACAACACAGGUCGCUGCAAGAGGGAGAGGAGGAAACGUCUGGAUUGCACCGCCAGGAGCAAUGAUGUUCUCUACUGUUUUGCAUCACUCGUUUGUGCUGAACCAGAGCGCUCCGGUGAUUUUCAUACAAUAUCUCGGUGCGCUAGCCGUCGUUCAGGGUAUCAAAGGUUACGCGCCAGGGUACGACAAGAUCCCCGUCAAGCUCAAGUGGCCGAACGAUAUCUUCGCACAGCUGCCUGGCUCUUCGAACAACCCGGUUAUCAAAAUUGGCGGUGUCCUUGUCACCUCCAGUUACUCCGGAUCAACUUACGACAUCGUCUGUGGGAUCGGGCUUAACGUCUCCAACGCCCUACCCACCACAUCCCUCAAUCUCCUCGCAAGCAGCCAAUCCCCGCCACUAAAGGCGUUCACACCUGAAAAACUCCUCGCGUCCAUCCUUGCGCAUUUCGAAGCGUUGUACUCCACGUUCUGCCAGACGGGAUUUAAUCGGGACAUGGAAGGUGAUUACUACGAUCAUUGGUUGCAUACGAAUCAGAUCGUUACGUUGGAGACGGAAGGUGGCAUGAAAGCACGGAUCAAGGGCAUAACGCGGGACUGGGGGCUCUUGCUUGCAGAGGAGUUAGGGUGGGAGGACAGGCCGACCGGUCGGUUGGUGACGUUGCAGAGCGAUAGUAACAGCUUUGAUUUCUUUCGCGGGCUAGUAAGACGCAAGCUAUAGGUCCCGGUAGUGGGGUUACUUGGGGCCCCCAAAAAUUAAAACAAACAAACAGUUGGAUACAAUUCUUCUUAAGGUACGUCUAUGGAGUGGCGAUAUCUGAACAGAUAGUCCUAGAGCAUUGGUGCUUUUAUUGUUUUUCCGAUACGAAUUUCCCUCGGCUAGCCGAGUUCAACCUCAAGUUUGAAAGCAAAUAAAAGAUGCCAGCGCCUUUGUUGAGCUAUCGCUAGUCUGUGGGGUUGUACUUUUGGUGCGGAGAUGUUUGUGAUUACGUGGAAUCUUCGUUGAAAGCAGGAAGCAGAAUAAGGUCUAUAUCCUCUGCGCUAGAAAAGGAGAUUGUUUAACACUAUUUGAAACGUAUUUGGAGAGUUAUU